CGGCCGGCACCUCCGAGCCGCGCAACUUGCCCGCGGCCCGGGCCAAAGUGAACGCAAAGUGCCGCCCAAGUUGCCGGGAUGGAGCUGCAGAGCCGGCCCGAGGCGCUCGCCGCGGAACUCGCGCGCCGCCAGAACGGCGACCUCAAGAAGCAGCUCCACGAGAGGCAGCCGCGGAUCGCAGCGCCCGGCGACAAGCAAACGUUGGGAGCCACCACUGCAGUGCCUGUCACCCGUCCUCAGGUCAGCUCCUUGCAGAGGUUGGCUGGGCAAGGAGCAGCAGUGCUACCUCAGGUUAGGCCAAAGACUCUGAUUCCAGACAGCCUCCCCAUCACCCCGGGCCGGGACCGGCCACCCAAGCAGCCCCCGACAUUCCAGAAGGCUACUGUGGUGAGCAUCAAGAACCCCAGCCCAGCCCUCCCCACUGCCAACAACACCGUCAGCCGUGUGCCAACGCCCAGCAGCCAGCCCCAGGCCCUCGCCGAGCCCACCGCCAUCACCUCACCCCUGAGCGGCGCCGGCGUGGCCUACGCCAUCAUCUCCACCUCCCCCAGCAAUGCCACCGCCAUCACCCCUAGCACCGCCGUGCCCGUGGCCAGCGACAGCAUCAAAGUCCAGCCCCUCCUCAUCAGUGCCGACAGCAAGGUUAUCAUCCUUCAACCUCAAGUGCAGACACAGCCUGAGAGUUCAGCGGACCCACGGCCACCCUCAGAGAAGCCAUCUCAGGGAGCUCAGGCCACCAAAAAGAAGAAGGAAGACCGGCCUACCAGCCAGGAGAACCCCGAGAAAAUCGCCUUCAUGGUGGGGCUAGGCUUGGUCACCACCGAACACCUGGAAGAAAUCCAGAGCAAGCGUCAGGAACGCAAGCGAAGGAGCACAGCCAACCCUGCCUACAGCGGCUUCCUGGAGACAGAGAGGAAGCGGCUGGCCCCUGCCUAUCUCAACAACCCUCUGUUCCUCACCGCCCGAGCCAAUGAGGACCCCUGCUGGAAGACUGAGAGCACUCAUGAGGAGCACUGUGUGGCCUGCAAGCGAGGCGCCAACCUCCAGCCCUGCGGCACCUGCUCAGGGGCCUACCACCUCAGCUGCCUGGACCCGCCCCUCAAGGCCGCGCCCAAGGGCGUGUGGCUCUGCCCCAAGUGCCAGCAGAAGGCCUUACAGAGAGACGAGGGAGUGCCCUGGACCGGGAUGCUGGCCAUCGUGCACUCCUACGUCACCCACAAGACAGUCAAAGAGGAGGAGAAGCAGAAGCUGCUGCAGCGAGGGAGCCAGCUGCACACCGAGCACCAGCAGCUGGAGGAGCGGGACCGGCAGCUGGCCUCGGCCGUGAAGAAAUGCCUAGAGCUUAAGACAAGUCUGCUAGCUCGCCAAAGGGGCACGCAGUCAUCGCUGGACCGGCUCCGGACCCUCCUGACACUGAUCCAGGGCGAGCAGACGCUGCAGGUCGCCAUGACGACCGCAAGCCCCGCCCCGCGGCUGGCGGGGCCCUGGACCAAGCCUUCAGCCACCACCCUGCUCAGCCUCCAGCACCCCCAGGGCCACAACUGACCCCAGGGACCCGUCCUAGCCUGCGCAAGCCGCUGGGCGCCGCCGGCCCCACCAGGGCUUCUGUCGGCCUUAAUUCACAAACGCUAUGAAUUUCAGACAAAAACCAGACAGAGGUGACCAAGAAAGGGGUCAGGAGCUGGGCCCCGCUGGGGGUGCUGGCCCCUCUGCCAGGGCCCCCGGGAGCCCCAGAGCCAGGCCCCGGUGGGGGUGCUGGCCCCUCCGCCAGGGACCCCCGGGAGCCAGGCCCCGGUGGGGGUGCUGGCCCC